AUGGAGGCGCUUCAUGACUUGCCCGACUAUUAUAGACAACAGGAAGGCACUGACAUUUUGUCCAGGACAUUAAUUUCCGAUGGAGUACACACACCACUGCAAAUUCCAGCACGGCCAACUUCAUCAGAGGACAGGUAUCGGGAGUUGAAGCAGACCUUCUCCGCGUACAGACUGCCAUGGGGGUUAGAAAGGGAAUACGGUGGGACGAUGCCCCUUUCCAUGCCAGAGGACUACAGACCCAAAUCGGAGCCUCCUCGAUACCUCACCAAAGGACACAGACAUUAUGGCUUCGGGGGAGACCCCUGGCCCAGAGGCAUCCCCAUCCGACAGUUCUAUCAUCUGACGCAGAACAAAAAGAGUAACCUUUAUGAUAAUGACUCCUUGCUUCCUAAGCCACCCUGUAUGGAAGCAAAGCCACUGCCCAUGGGAUUUCCUAUUGCACACCCCUAUCAGACACACAUCUCUCGCUGUGCCCUUUUCCCAACCUUCACCUCCCCACUGGACGUGUGCAAAGGCCUUGACGCGAGCCUCCAGCAGCCUUUUCCUGCCACCGUACCCACCAUGCCCUACGAAACAACUGUUCUGAAGAAAUCCAAAGGUAAUUCUUAUCGGCAUGAACACUUGUACUUUCCUUCUGACUCACAAAAGAAAGCUUUGCGUUGGCCUGGGCAGGAAUUGUAUUAUGACAUUCCUAAAUUUGAUCUCAAGAAUACACAGAUAUACUAUCCCAAACCUCCAAAACUCGUGGCACCAAACACCACCUCGAUGACACUGGAUCCUUUACACUGUAAACAAGAAGCCAACAUAAAAAGAAAUCUCGAGCGAUCCCACUGGAUUACGAGCUACACACAUGAUUUUACAGGUAUGGGUCCUAUAAAUCCCCUUGAAUCGGAUGACUAUCAUGAAAAGGAGGUAGCCAGCUUAACUGGAGAGAUAGAAUUUGACCCACCACCUCAAGAAAAAUCCCAUCCAGAAUUUACUCCAACCAGGCCUUUAGAAGGACGUAUUUCUCGUCUCCUACAAGGCCGCCGGCCUCUAGAAUCUGUAAUCCACUCCACAGAACCUGUUUUGCACCCAACAUUUCCUAUGUGCCCCGAAUGCGCAACUAGUGUCCCGUGCAAGGUCCAUUAUCUGGUGCCCAGUUACAGCGAGAUGAUGCUCGUUAAGGGCAGCACUCCAAAAGGACCUGUGAUCCCUAACAAACAAAUUUCUGAAGUUGAAGAGAUGAUCAGAUAUGGAAUAAUACCAUCAUCACCACAUGUUAUCCCACCUCACUGCAAGACAAAUGAAGAUCUGUACAAUUUCUACAAGACUUAUGAACCAAAUCCAUACCCCAAAAUCACCGAUACUUACAAGAAUGAUGCUUUAUACUGGAGGCAGCUAGCAGUCAGACCAAGCUCUGAACCUUGUGUCCAGUCUCAAGGUUUUACGUACUACGAUGACCUGAAGCCCAGCCGAUUCGACCAAUGUAUAGUAUGGCAUAACCCCAUCAGCCUGAACAAGCCCAGUGCUUUACCAAACCCAGAAGACCUAGAACCUCCCUGCUUUCCCUAUUACCAUCUCAUCAAUGAGCCACAGAUUCCUGACAUGGGAAAUAAAGAAGAAAAAAAUCCCCUCAAGUGGUUUCCCAAUGUGGAGAUACCUCGGCCAGUGACCUGCUUACAAGAUCUCCAAGACUCUUUCUCCAAGACAGGUGCACAGAGACAUUUUCAAGAAUCAGGCUUUUCAGACCAGAAAGAUCUCCAUCUUGAUGGACCCUUAGGGAGGAGACACGAUUUCUAUAACUAUAAUGCCUAUUAUUUCUGUAAUUGAUAUAUUUCUUCAUCCCAUGUAAACCUAGCAUCUGUCAGGAACAUUAAAUAAAUAUAUAACACACUCUA